UCUUCGUCUCUCCUGUCCUGAACAUCUCCGUCUGCUGCUCAGGAGCCUCAGGAAGUUCUCUCAGGCUGGAUCCGCUCGUGUUCACCAAUGGAUGGAGCCUGUCGCCCGGAGACUUCUUGACCAACUGUCACUCCACACUGGGCGCUCCCCCGGAGGCGUGCAGAGGGAUGGAGCUGAGCGGAGGAGGAGGAGGAGCGGAGAGCCCCGGGCGCCCGGACAGGGCCAGCCCUGAGGAGAGAGGGGCCGGGGGGGCGAGCCCGGCCUCCGGCGGCCCCCCGCAGUGCAAGCUGAGCCGCCUGGAGGUGAACGGCAGCCCGGCGAACCCAACGGUCCGACAGAACGGCAGCACGCCGCUCAGACCGCCAGCAGGUCUGAUGAUCCCAGUAUUCUGCGUGGUCGAGCACGCAGAGGCAGCCGGGGACUGCGAGGCACGUCGGGACCAUCACGCAGAGUUUGUGUUGGUUCGUAAAGACAUCCUCUUCACGCAGCUGGUGGAGGCAGCGCUCGUGGCUCUCGGAUACUCUCACAGCUCGGCGGUCCAGGCUCGUGGCAUUAUUAAAGUGGGAAGAUGGAAGCCGAUGCCCAUCCAUUACUUGACCGAUGCUCCAGAGGCGACGGUGGCCGACAUGCUGCUGGACGUUUACCACAUGGUCACGCUGAGGAUCCUCCUGCACAGUUUCUCUCGCCUGGAGGAGCUGCCGUCCGACCAGUGGAGCCACGCCACGGUGAGGAAGGCCCUCAAAGACCUCCUCCGAGAGAGCAACCACAGCGCGCUGGCCAAGGAGUGUCCUCUGUCUCAGAGCAUGAUCUCGGCCAUGGUGAACAGCUCCUACUACGCCAACGUUUCCACCUCCAAGUGCCACGAAUUCGGACGCUGGUACAAGCGGUACAAACGCAUCAAAGGUGAAUAUGCGGAGAAGAUCUGGUCCUCUCUGGAGAAGUCUGACAUUAAAGUGGAGAGGGACUUGGACCUGACCCUCCUCAACCAUCGUCCCCCAUCUCUCCUGCCCUCUUCCAACCAUUUGGGUCCCUUGGGCGACCAUGGAACUCUUCCAAUCAAGACCAGCCUUGGGGACGCCCAGACCCCCGCACAGCCCCAUGGUCUUCCUCAUCCUGGAGGCCAGAACCACCCAAGACCCACUCUGCGUCCCCAGGCUCCGACCCUUCUGAGCCAUGGCGGGUUGUUGUCACCGCAGCUCGUACGUCAGCAGCUCGCCAUGGCCCACCUCAUCAACCAACAGCUGGCGGUCAGCCGCCUGCUCGCCCACCAGCACCCACCGGGAGUCAACCAGCAGUUCCUCAACCACCCCCCUAUCUCACGGACCUGCAAGGUCUCAGGGGCUCCUUCAGACCCCAUCCUUACCUGCUCAGGAGCUGAAGUCUCCUCUGACAUUUACCAGCAAGUCAGGAACGAGCUGAAACGGGCCAGUGUGUCCCAGGCCGUGUUUGCACGGGUAGCUUUCAACCGCACGCAGGGCCUGCUGUCUGAGAUCCUUCGGAAGGAGGAGGAUCCCCGCUCGGCCUCCCAGUCGCUGCUCGUCAACCUGAAGGCCAUGCAGAACUUCCUGAACCUGCCGGAGGCCGAGCGAGACCACAUCUACCAGGAAGAGCGAGAGCGCAGCACCAGCACCAACCACAACCACACCGCCAUGUCUGUCGCCGUCAACCCACAGAGACACACGCAGACAAAGUGCAGUGGUUCUGGUCCGGAGCUGCAGCUGAAGCUGGACUCGGUGACGAACAUCACGUCGGGGAUCUACGAGGAGAUCCAGCAGGAGAUGAAGAGGGCCAAGGUCUCCCAGGCUCUGUUCGCCAAGGUGGCUGCUAACAAGAGUCAGGGUUGGCUGUGCGAGCUGCUCAGGUGGAAGGAGAACCCGAGCCCGGAGAACCGCACCCUGUGGGAGAACCUGUGCACCAUCCGGAGGUUCCUGGGCCUGACGCAGGCCGACAGAGACCGGGUCUACGAGGACGAGUCCAGGCUGCAGCACAGCGAGCGCCUCCACACGGCCCUGCUCGCCCCCGAGCCGCAGCCCCCCCACAGGCCCCCCCUCCCCCCUCUAACGGCUCCGCCCCCCCUUCAUGAAGACCCGCAGCCGGUUCUGCUGCUGCCGGGUCUGCAGGGCUCCGAGGACGGGUCGCAGCGGGGGUCGAGCCCCGGCCUCGGCGGCGGGGGGACGAAGAAGGCCAGGUCCCGGACCAAGAUUUCCCUGGAGGCCCUGGGGAUCCUGCAGAGCUUCAUCGGAGACGUGGGGCUCUACCCGGACCAGGAGGCCAUCCACACCCUGUCGGCCCAGCUGGACCUGCCCAAACACACCAUCGUCAAGUUCUUCCAGAACCAGCGCUACAACGUCAAGCACCACAGCCAGUCCAGAGAGUCCGUCCCCGGCGAGGACGACGAGGGGAGCUCCAGUCCCAGUGAGGAGGGGGUCCAGGUCCGGGUCCAGGUGGAGGAGGGUCUCUCUGCGUCCGAGGAGUCCAGCAGAGGUUCUGUGGAGGCCUUCAGAACUCAGAGAGACGAGCAGGAAGAGGUGGAGGAUGGGAAAACCUCUGGGCCUGCCACGUCCUCCCUGUCCCCGUACAGCAGCGUGGACAGCCCCCCCUCCGCCGAGCAGCACAGAUAACAGCAGAGGAACCAGCGAGGCGCGGGGGGGUCCAACACCAAACUGUGACAUCACUUC